GGCGGGAGUGGGGUGAGGGAGAGGCCGCCGGCGCCAGGCUGUGAGGAAGCCGGCGAGUGUGCGAGCACGCGCGGCCUGGCUGCAGGAGCCGCGGGCGGCGGCGGAGAAAGGAGGCGGCUCCCGGAAUCCCGACCCCCUCCCCCUCCUCUCCUUCCCCCACUUCCAGCCGUCCGGCGGCCCGCGCUUCCCCGGAGGCCCCAGCCCGGCUCCGCCGGCGGAGAGCGAGGGAGGAGCCCCCUCGAGCCAGGUGCUGGAGUCCGCUUAUCAGGGAGGGGGGCAGUCUGUGAUUCUGAGAACAGAACCAAGAAGGGGAACAGCAAAUUCAGUCACAUACAAUCCUCCACUCAGUCAAGAGCCAUUUUUUUCUUCCUGCCUUGCCCCCUGCCAGGGGGUAAGGAGCUGAGAAUUUUACCUUUAACCCAUUGGCUACCAGCUGAAAUUCUACUUAUUUUAGCUUUUAGUGGAUAGCUUCUUCUUUUGCCCAUGUUUCCUUUAGAGUCCCUAUUUAAUAUGCUCUUGUCAGUAGUAGCAUCUAGGGAGGAGCAGGGAGAGUGACAAGAAAUUAUCCCCUUCUUUUUUCCCUUCUCAAUCAGACCCCUUUUCCUCUCCAGAGGGAAAUUACCAGUAAAGUCUUAGAAAUCUUCUACUCCUUCUCAGCAAUACUGUGAAGAAACACUAAAGUGGACAUUAUUUUCUCUGAUCAGUGAACACGAACCCAGCUUAAGGCGUUGGUUUGUUGUGGCACAUGGAGAAACAUAUCUUUUAAAAUAUCUCCCAAUUACCCUUUUCACAAGUAUCCACCUAGGAUUUGCUGCUGGGGUAAGUCACUAGAUUUAUUUCUCAAAGCUCCUCUCUCUGUGAGCAGAAAGACUGACGAACCAUGAACACUGGUAGGGGCCGGGAAAAGGGGACAGAGCAGAGCCAGUUGUCCCACACUUUGGGAAGCAGGAGUAGCUUUUAUCAUCUUCCUCUGGGGAGCAGGCAUAGAGACAUAAACUGAGUGAAAAUGGGUGGAGGAAGAACUUCUAUAACCACGAACAACAUGUGAAGAGAGAGAACCAAACAUAAAGUAAGGAGGAUAGACGUUACAUCUAAGAGGAAAUAAUCCAGGCAAGGAAGCACAAGCUGAUCAAGAUGUGUAGCUCCGUGGCUGCCAAGUUGUGGUUUUUGACAGAUCGUCGCAUCAGGGAAGACUAUCCUCAAAAAGAGAUUUUACGAGCAUUGAAGGCCAAAUGUUGUGAGGAGGAACUGGACUUUAGGGCUGUGGUGAUGGAUGAGGUGGUGCUGACAAUCGAGCAAGGAAACCUGGGUCUACGGAUCAAUGGAGAGCUAAUCACUGCCUACCCACAAGUUGUAGUAGUCAGAGUACCAACCCCGUGGGUGCAAAGUGAUAGUGACAUUACUGUUUUGCGCCAUCUAGAGAAGAUGGGAUGCCGGUUGAUGAACCGACCUCAAGCCAUCCUGAACUGCGUUAAUAAGUUCUGGACAUUUCAAGAGUUGGCUGGCCGUGGUGUUCCUCUGCCAGACACUUUCUCUUAUGGUGGCCAUGAAAAUUUUGCUAAAAUGAUUGAUGAAGCAGAAGUACUGGAGUUCCCAAUGGUAGUAAAGAAUACGCGGGGUCAUAGAGGUAAAGCUGUUUUCUUGGCUCGAGAUAAGCACCAUUUGGCUGAUCUAAGCCAUCUUAUUCGCCACGAAGCGCCAUACCUGUUCCAGAAGUAUGUUAAGGAGUCUCAUGGACGGGAUGUACGUGUCAUUGUCGUGGGAGGCCGUGUGGUUGGCACCAUGUUGCGUUGUUCAACAGAUGGGAGAAUGCAAAGCAACUGCUCAUUAGGUGGUGUGGGGAUGAUGUGCUCACUGAGUGAACAAGGGAAGCAGCUAGCUAUCCAGGUGUCUAAUAUCCUGGGGAUGGACGUGUGUGGCAUUGACCUGUUGAUGAAAGAUGACGGCUCCUUCUGCGUCUGUGAGGCCAAUGCAAAUGUAGGUUUCAUCGCCUUUCAUAAGGCUUGUAAUCUAGAUGUAGCUGGUAUCAUAGCAGACUAUGCCGCCUCCCUUCUACCCUCUGGCAGGCUCACCCGGCGUAUGUCCCUGCUCUCCGUGGUGUCCACGGCCAGUGAGACUAGUGAGCCGGAGCUGGGUCCCCCAGCCAGCACUGCUGUUGACAACAUCAGAGCAAGUUCCAGCUCUGUUGACAGCGACCCUGAAAGCACGGAGCGAGAGCUGCUUACCAAGCUCCCAGGGGGCCUGUUCAACAUGAACCAGCUGCUAGCCAAUGAAAUCAAACUACUGGUGGACUGACUCCACUGGUAAUUAACCAACAAAACCCUUGUAAACCUUACUUUCUUUUUUUCUUUUCUAUUUUUAAAACCAACUUGCAAUGCUGUUCAUGGAGGAUGCUCAGGAAGAUGAGAGAAAAUUAGUAGGAUUAGUUGGAGGCAGUGGGAAAUAGAUGAGACCUCUGCUAAUAAGAUGUUACUUUCAUUUACAAUUCCUACAAAUAGAGAGGCAGAAUAGGUGGGAUAUAGAAAAAUGUUAGGCUCUCAUAGUUACCCUUUUAAAUUUCUAAAAAAUUUUGUAUGCUCAUAGGCCAUGAGGAACAUAUACUUUUAUUUUAUGGUUCCUUGCUUUUGUUUUUGUACAAAAAAUGAUUUUGCUACAAAUAUCCAAGUAGCAUAACUUCACAUUGUGUUGCAAAAUUUGUCAUCAGUGAGGAAAACAUCUGCCUAAAUUACAGGAAUUCUUGUAUUAUAUAGCUCUGAAAAUUCUGCCAUUUCCUUAUUAGUAGCUUUAGUUUGUAGUUUAUGAAAUCUUGAGGGGCUCUUUUCCUGGGAUUUCUUACUUUUGUGUUUUGUUUUUUCCCCCUUAAUUUGGUGGGAGGGUCAAAGUGAAUAUAACCUAAUAAAGGCUUCUUAAUGACAAAAUUGGCAUGUUUGCAUGAUGAAAUGGAAAUGAACAGUAUUGCAAUGUCCGGUAUACAAAAUAACAUUUAUUCAAUGUAGAUAAAAUUACACUAGUUUAAAAUGUGCAUUGACUUGUAUUUGUUAGUCUUUUAUGUGCUCUGUUAAUGUUGCUUUUUUUUUUUUUUAAAUACAUGCUAGUCUAACAUUUCCUGCUCUAUGCCUGCAUCUUUAACAAUGGCCAAAGUGAAGAAAAUGCAACCUUUUUUGUUAACAAGACUUGAAAUGUGUACAUUUAAAGCCUUUUACUUUUUCCCUUUUUCUUUUGGUGGUUGGGCAUUUAAAUAAGGACAAGGAAAAAUAUUUUUUGGGGCAAAUCAAGAGCCUAUAUGAGUUCUAAGUUUAAAGCUGAAGUGAUUUCUAAUGCCAGCGUUAUAUAUUUGCAUUUUUCACAUUUUAGAGGGAGUAUAUAUGUAUGUGUGUGCACGCAUGCAUGUGUAUGUGUUUUGCUUUUUGUUUACAUCAACUAAUCAAAAAGGAUAAUUUAGAAAAUGGAGCAUGAUGGGAAACAGUUUUUGACUUUAAAAAACAGAUGAGUUGUUUUCAUAAGGAGACUCCACUGGGGUAGAGGUAUUCACCUUAAAACAUAGGGUGAAUAGAUGCUUUUUAGGCCUUUUUGUGUAUAUGUAUGUUUGUUUUUUUCCUUUUGUUUCUAAACUGUUCAUUGUAUGGUUUAUUCAAGGCUACAUGCUUUUCUUUAAUGCUUCUGGCUAUGCAUUUUCUCUUUUUACAUACAGGAGUUGGGAUUGGGGGUGAGUUGGAUGUUUUUGUUUGGGGACUUAUUUAGUAGUAUUGAGUCUCUUAUAGCCCUACUCUUAAGCCUUCAAUACUGUCCACUCUUUAUAUUUCUUUACUUUCAGAAUUUAUAAAAGCCCCCAAACUGCAUAUAAUUUGAGCCUUUAAAACAUGGGUAAAACUAAUCCCACUGAAGGGUUUGGAUGGUAUGUUAAGAAAUGGAGAUGCUGCAGAGCCCAACGUAAUUUUUUUAAACAGCAAGUUCCAUCUCCCUACAAAUCCUCUGAAGCUUUUACCCAAGCCCUGUCUUGCCUCUCCAGUGCUAUUUUCCAUCAGAUGGACCUUAAGCAUAAUUUCUUGGACACUACUAGAGAGACUUCGAGGCAAUAAUAAAAGAUCAGUAUUAACCACCUAUAACAGAGGUUUGAUCAUGCUUACUGUACAGUUUUUCCCCCGUUUUAAAAAGGAAUGUAAUAAAAUUUGUUUUUUCCAUAGAAUUAAAUAAUAUUAAAAUUGAGUGAAAGGUUGAUUGUUGAUGAAUAGAAUAGCACCUCUCAUCUGUGCAGUGUCUCAUUUCACCUCAGAGAAAAGGAUACGUAAGAGGAGUUUGUCAUUUAACUUAGGAUAUUCUAAUUGCAUUUAAAACAACUUAUCUUGCACAGGGUAACUGGGGGACUCACAUACAUAUAUUAGUAUCUCUGACUCAUUAACAGAAAGAAAUACUUGGUACUUCUUUCGCUGAACGACCAUACUGUGGAGGAUGCAUACUAUUUGGUAUAGACAAAUAAAUGAGGAAGAAAGAACUGCCUAGUUAAAUUAUCAUUCAUAUGUUCAUGUAGAGACCAUCUGGUUGCCAUGUAUAUUAUAACACAUACACUUUCAAUAGUUAUAUAUCACAGGUAUGUAGAUUAAUACAUUUAAAAACAACCUCUUUAUUUGAUGAAAAUUUCAAGUUUGUGUUGGUGGGCUAAGGCAUCAGGAAAAAUGUAGUAAGCCAUCUUUUAACUAAUACCAAAUUAACCAACUAUAUUAUAGGAAAUAUGUGAAAUUAGUUCAUUAGUUUUAUUCACUAUCUAUUAUGCAUUCACAUAAUAUUAAAACAUAGCUUUAGCAACCAGUUUCUGGAUUAUACACUCACAUGUUAGAAAGAAAAGAACAGUAGUUAUCAUCUUAGAUUUUAAAAACAUGGAUAUCUUCUUGAAUUCCUUCAAAAUUAAGGUAAAGAAUAAGAGCAAAUCAUUCUGGAAAGAACCUAAGGAAACAGCAGCAGAUAUUUAGGUGAAAAUUAAAUUUAUUUUCAUAAUUGUUUAAUAACUUUUGUAUAAUCUUCAUUGCUAUUAUGAGAGAUAAAUUGUAUUUAUCAAAUAUGUGUAAUGAUAAAAUCUGAAUUGUAAAAUUUUUGUAUAUUGUUAAAAUUGUAAUUCUAAAUUGUACUUCAAAAAUAAUUAUUUCUGAUUGUAUUUAUGUCACCCAUGAUGAAAACUGGACUAUAUAUAUACAUCUAAACAUAUAAGUAUGAACUAUUCUAGUUAAAAUUUUUAAUAGUUUUUUUCUUUUUUGGUGCCUAUAAUUUCUGCUGGCUUUUCUCCAAUGAACAUUGAAAUCUUUCUGUAUGUGUUAUCAAUAAGAAAACUACCCUGGAACAUUAGAAAUACCCAACAAGAGACUUGGCUUUCAUCAAGCACAUUAUCAGACUUUGAGAAGAUAUUGAAGGCAUUGACUUUGAAAAUCAUCUCUUUUUCUCAAGAAGAAAGCAAUGGAGAAGCAAAUUUGCUUCAUUCAGUGAAUCCCCAGUUUGGGGGUUGGGGGGCUUAGAGACAUUGUAAAAUCAAAUCUUGUGUUAUAUUUUUCUCCUGGCUCACUUUUUUUGAGAAGGUUUAUGGGCUAUUUGGCUGGUGAGACACGAUCCCCUCCUAAGAAAAUGUAGGUGCUCAGACAGGUAACCUCUGCUGCUACUGUUUUUAUUUGUUUGUUUGUUUAAUUUUAUUUAAGAUUUGUUUUUGUUGUACUAGGAUUUUUUAAAAUGUAAUAUAUUGCAGGAUUUAUAACCAGGUUCACUGACUGCUUGCUUGCUUUCUUUUUCUUUCUUUUUUUUUUUUUUUUUUCCUUAAAACAAAACAAAACAAAGUUUCAUUUAAAAUACAUUUAGGCACCUUUGGAGCUUGGAUUUUGGAAUGUUUCAGUAGUGGACAGAAAUCUGCUGUUGGAAUCUUCUAGUCUUCCAGGUUUAAUUUGAAAUGUUUUUAGUUUUGUUUUGAAUUUUUGUGUGGCAUUUUAUUUCCUUUAUAUCAAUGCCAUUUUGCCAUGCUGUUUUGGGGUGGCUGCCUAACUCUAGUGAAAAUUCUUUCUAUAUUAACGAAAGUUUGGCCUUUGAAAAUCCUUAAUGUUUUGCAUUUUUUACGUUGUUUUUAAAGAAAUAUUCUAACUGCUUGCACUGUUACUGUUCUUUACCAGCCUUUUCAGGAGCCAAAAAAACAAAUACAAACAAACAAAAAAUUACCCAGAGAAAAAACUUUCCUUCUUCCCCCUUCCUGAUGAUGAGUGAGAAGUAUUGAGAACUUUCGGGGUCAUUGCCCUUCUAAACUCCCCUUCCCCCAAUAAUGCAGCUGUAUAAUGAAUGGUAAAUGCACCGGUUUGGAUUCAGGCACAGCCCAGCCUGCUUGCAGGUGGCGUAUGUGUUCGUGUUUUAAUGUAUUCAGAGCCUUGGGCAAUAAGCAGUCCAGAACAUUGAAAACUCAAGCAGCAGAGAAUUAAACUGGUAGGUGGCAGCAGAGGAAGGAAUUCUUCAGAUUGAUGGCUACUGACUUAAAAUCUGCAUAGGAGAAGAGAUAGAGCAUGACAUACCAGCUGAAGCAAGGGGGGCAAAAAUGGAAGCAGGAUUAAGACUCCUGGAUUUUGACUCUAAAUGGAAGAGGAGUGGAUUCCUUAUGUCUAGUAUACCAUUAAUCCUAACCUACCUUCCAUUUCUAUUCUGGAAUAUGAAUCAAUCUACAAGAAAGAUAAUCUUUUUAUUCUGAAACUCCUGUUCCUUGCAGAUUUUUAGGCUAGCAGUGGGUUCUUUUGAAGUAACCAGGAUCUUUUUUGCCUACCCUCACUAACAGAAUGGAUGAAGAUAGAUUUGACUGUGUGCUUUUUCAAGUGGAGAAUAUGAAUAUACAGAACAAGAAAGCAGUAACUCUUAUCUGUUUGAUUGAAUCUGUUUUCUAAAAUAAAGAUACCAUGCACUGGAAAUAA